CUUGCGCAUGCACCUCACACCACCGGCAUGAAAAGCCCUCGAUGCCUCUUCCUCAGGAAUUGAUUCACCAACACAACUUUGCAUUGCAAGCUCGGCUUUGCUUCCCUCCGCCCCGGGAUUCUCAAAUUCUUCCCUGCGUUCGUAGAGCCGGUACUCUACUAUCCACUCCAAGGACCAAGGAUCGCAGCCUUAUUGAAGAACCCCCUCUACUCCUUCCAACCAGAACCAGUAAUAGGAAAUGUGGACUGCAAACCGCCCUCCUUCUCGCCCUUCACGCACACCGUCUGUCCACUCUGUUGCGUCAAUACAUUCCUCCAGCCGCCCAUCCUCCAUGGUAUCUCCCCAACUUCAGCGACGCACCGGUGGAUACGAGUCCGAUCAAUCUUCUGACACUGCUGCCGAAGACGACUUCUCCGGCUUUCCCGUACCUAACAGUAUGCCUCCAGCAUGGCAAUCCCAGCGCCAACAAUCCGGCGGCUCUGUUUCCCGCCUAAGCCAGAAGUUUGGAUUCAACGGUCCAGUUGCUGAGAUUCCUCCCCCGGCACCUCUUCGAACUCAGAGGGUGCACCAGGAGGAGUCGACAGCCAGCGAGAUGGACGAUGAUGUUCAUUCUCGAUCUUCCACUCUCGGUGGCUCCGACCAGGAUUUCGAUUUUCCCGAGAAAACCCCCACGUCUUUGCCAAAACAGAUCCGACAGGAGAUUAUCAAAGUCGACAGUUUUCCUGAGGAUGGCGAACCGAAGUCGCAUGUUCCCGGGCCAUUGGAGACUCAGCUCGCUUCACUCAUGUCUAAAUUGAUUUUCAUGGAACGCGAGAAUCCGACGGUGUCAAUUACACCAGAAGAUCAUGCCGCCACAAUGGCAGAACUGGAAGCGCUCCGAGAGGAGAAGAAGUCAUGGAAGAAGCGAUACGAAUCGAUAUAUGCGUUGAGGGACGAGGAUGUGGAGAACAACAUAAAGAUCCGAGGCAUGCUUGCAAAGGCCCGCCGGGAUCUUGAGGGCAUGACGAAGUUGCGUGAAGAUGACCUUGCGAAUUUACAAAUCGUUCGAGCGAGACUUGCCGAAUCAACCCGCAAGCUGGACAGACUGGAGACGCAGACUGGGAGCGGAAACGGUAGAUCGAGUCCGAGCCGUGGAGCUCGGCCACCGAGUGUCUUCAUGGAGCGUAGAAAUACGACCGAUCUCUUCGCCGCUGCUCAGGCUGCUGCUCUACAACAACGUGCACUGGAGCUAGAAUCCCGCAAUGCGGACCUGCAAUCACAGAUUGAGAGCCUCAAGGGCGGGGCAAGCAUCGAUGACCUGAACCGCUUGACAGCUCACAAAGCAUGGAAAGACACGGUGACGGAUCUGGAGACGCGCGUCAAGGCGAAGGAUGCUGAGAUUGCCCGGCUCAGGUCGUCGGGGGGAGGUUCACAUUCGCAAGGAGAAGGAAACAUGGGGACAACAACCGAUUGGCGUCGAAUCGAAGCAAUCCACGAAGAGCACGCCAGCUACCGCGAGAAGGUCGGAGGCAAGAUGCAAGCGCUACGCAGCGAAAAGGAAACGUUGCAGAGAGAACUGCAUCGGAGGGAAGACGAAUGUCAUGCACUGGAAGUCAAGGUGCAGAGUUUGCAGCGGAGAUUGAGUGUAAUUUGAACACAGGCCUCCAUCCGGUUUUGACAAGUGUGGUCACCGGUCCUGCAGAGCGAUGGCUACGUCUGGGAGGAAAGCAGAGCAGUGAGCGUCUUGGAAUAAUAGAGUGGCUAUGAGAAGGUGACAUUACAAUCCUAUGGGAUUUCUGCGACUAUGCAUUCUAAGUUAUAUAUUUGUGGUUUAGCCCAGGCGCACGCGCGGUCUUAUAUGUCUGAAGGCAGGCGUUUCCUCAGAUAGAAAUAUGAG